CAGUGAUCUCCUUGCGUUCCUGGGAAGGUUUUGUGAGGGGCUGAGGAUUUCCAUUGUGUUAUUUUCUUCGUUGGUUUAUCAGCCGUUUUUUAUCUGCAUUCAUUUCGGGUGUCUUUUAUGAAUAAUCAAAAGCAGCAAAAGCCAACGCUAACCGGCCAGCGUUUUAAGACUCGGAAAAGAGAUGAAAAGGAGAGAUUUGAUCCUACUCAGUUUCAAGAAAGUAUUGUACAAGGCUUGAAUCAAACUGGCACAGAUUUGGAAGCUGUGGCAAAAUUCCUUGAUGCCUCUGGUGCCAAGCUUGACUACCGCCGGUAUGCUGAGACUCUCUUCGACAUCCUGGUGGCUGGCGGAAUGCUGGCUCCAGGCGGUACCCUGUCAGAUGAGGUGACCCGCACUGAUUACUGUCUGUUCACUGCAAAUGAAGACCUGGAAACCAUGCAGGCUUAUGCACAGGUUUUUAACAAGUUGAUCAGGCGUUACAAAUACCUGGAAAAGGGGUUUGAGGAGGAGAUCAAGAAGUUGCUGCUGUUUCUAAAAGGGUUCACAGAGUCCGAGAGGAACAAGUUGGCCAUGCUGACUGGCAUCCUGCUGGCCAAUGGAAGCAUCUCCGCCUCUAUUCUGAACAGUCUCUUCAAUGAGAACCUUGUUAAAGAAGGUGUAUCGGCUGCCUUCGCUGUGAAACUGUUCAAAUCCUGGAUCAAUGAGAAGGACAUCAACUCUGUCGCUGGCAUGCUUCGCAAGGUUGGCAUGGACAAUCGUCUGAUGGAGCUUUUCCCCGCAAACAAGCGAAGCUGUGAGCACUUUGAGAAGUACUUCACCGACGCCGGACUCAAAGAGCUGUCCGACUUCGCCCGAAACCAGCAGUCCAUUGGGGCGCGCAAGGAGCUGCAGAAGGAGCUCCAGGAACAGAUGUCUCGUGGGGACAACUUCAAAGAUAUAAUAACCUAUGUGAGGGAGGAGAUGAAGAAGACUAACAUCUCAGAGCAGACCAUGAUCGGGAUUGUGUGGACCAGUGUAAUGAGCUCCGUAGAGUGGAACAAGAAGGAGGAGCUAGUCACUGAACAAGCCAUCAAACACUUGAAGCAAUACAGUCCUCUCCUAAAGGCCUUCACCUCCCAGGGCCUGUCUGAGAUCACGUUGCUGCUGAAGAUUCAGGAGUACUGCUACGACAACAUCCACUUCAUGAAGGCCUUCCAGAAGAUCGUCGUGCUCCUCUACAAAGCGGAUGUUCUGAGCGAGGAGGCCAUUUUGAAGUGGUACACGGAAGCUCACCUGGCUAAGGGUAAAAGCGUUUUCCUGGAGCAGAUGAAGAAAUUUGUGGAGUGGCUGAAGAAUGCGGAAGAGGAAUCUGAGUCUGAUGAGGAAGAAGGGGAUUGAAACCUCACUGUUAAAUCCACUACUGGAACAAGAGCAGUAACAGGAGCAAGCAGAGCAGUAGAACGUUUCGUUACAGAAGUGCUUGUCUGUCUACUUUUGUUUUAUUAUUUUGAUUUAUGGUUCUACCUCCUGGUCUUUUUUUUCUUAACCAUAACAUUUAGAUGUCAUUUAAGGGCUUAAACAAAAAAAGGUUCAUUUUAAUAUUGUUUUUUUUCCCUAAUCCGAAAGGUUUACAGUUCACAUGGCACAAAUUAAGUAGUAAGACACAAUUAUUUCUUCACUUUUGGAGCUGUCAAGUGUUGACUAAAGAAUCGAUUGACCAUUUUAUUGUUUUUACCAUUAUGAUAUAGUUGUAGUAAGCCUUGUUACAUCCAAAUUGUGUACAUUCCAUUCAAUUUACUCACUCUAUUGGCUCCAGGUUGACCUUUUUAUUUAUAUUUUAUCCCCCUUUUUUUUGUAUUCUUGUGCUAAUGCAUUUUAGCGCCCCCUGCAGGUUCCCUGGUGACAUUUCUCAUUGGGAAGUUAUUGCCAAAGCUUUAAGCCCUUGCUCUUGUCAUAACUCCUGAAUGAGCAAUUAGAUAGCCCUUUUUUCUUUCUGUUAUGGACAUUGUACAGAACAUAAACCGAUCUGAUGGCAGUAGUCAGUCACCCAUCUGCCAAGCACCCCAAUCAAGUGCAGGCUUCCUCUCCUUUUCCCGGCACAGACGUCAAGUGUAGGAUGUUUUGUCACCCUCUCAAUUGAUGUCAUGAAUUUCCUCAAUCCGAUGACAAGAUUGCCCUCUUUUUUUUAAAACUAAAUAAAGACACUGAGGUAA